AUGGAUAUCAUAGAUGUGAAUAUAAAGAUACAGAAGUACUUCAUGUUCUUUUUAAUUUAUACUAAUGACUUCCUUCUAAUCUUAUCUGUCCUUUCUCAGCUACACUUUUCAAUUUCUAUUCUUUCUUAUUUUAUUUUUAUUUUUAUUUCUUCUUUUCUUCUUUCUUUUAUAUCUAUUUUUUUUUAUUCUAUGUUGAUUCUCCUUUUUCUUAUUUUUUUAUUUUUUAUUUAUUUUCUUCUUUUUUUAUCUUUAUAUUCUUUCUUUACUUUGAUUACUCUUUCUUUUCUUUUUAAAAUUUACCCUUCAUUUUAUUUGAAAAACUAUUUAAUUCGUCUUUAUUUCAAUUUACUUUAUUUCUUUUGA